CAAUUCUCCCCGCCUCCCCCUCCGACCCUCCCAAAUCAGCACCACCCAUAGGGGCCACGGCCGCGCAAUGCCGCCCUCUGCCGACGCAAUGCCGGCCCCCGGAGACGCCGCGUGCGCCGGCGACGUGCGCUUGAUCUCCUCCAAGGAGCUCCGCGAGCACGCGUCCGCCGCCGACCUCUGGAUCUCCAUCUCGGGCGACGUGUACGACGUGACGCCCUGGCUUCCCCACCACCCGGGCGGCGACCUCCCGCUCAUCACCUUGGCGGGGCAGGACGCCACCGACGCCUUCGCCGCCUACCACCCGCCCUCGGCGCGCCCGCUCCUCCGCCGCUUCUUCGUCGGCCGCCUCUCCGACUACACCGUCUCCCCCGCGUCCGCCGACUACCGCCGCCUCCUGGCGCAGCUCUCCUCCGCGGGCCUCUUCGAGCGCGUCGGCCCCACCCCCAGGGUACAGCUCGCCCUGAUGGCCGUCCUCUUCUACGCGGCGCUCUACCUCGUCCUCGCCUGCGCCAGCGCCUCGGCGCACAUGCUCGCUGGGGGGCUCAUCGGCUUCGUCUGGAUCCAGUCCGGCUGGAUGGGCCACGACUCGGGCCACCACCGCAUCACGGGCCAUCCGCUCCUGGACCGCGUCGUGCAGGUGCUCUCCGGAAACUGCCUCACUGGCCUCAGCAUCGCCUGGUGGAAAUGCAACCACAACACGCACCACAUCGCCUGCAACAGCCUGGACCAUGACCCGGACCUCCAGCACAUGCCGCUCUUCGCUGUCUCCCCCAAGCUGUUCGGCAACAUAUGGUCCUACUUCUACCAGCGGACCCUGGCCUUCGACGCCGCCUCGAAAUUCCUCAUCAGCUACCAGCACUGGACCUUCUACCCGGUAAUGUGCAUCGCCAGGAUAAAUCUUCUGGCGCAGUCCGCUGUCUUCGUCCUGACCGAGAAGAGGGUGCCGCAGCGGCUGCUUGAGAUCGCCGGUGUCGCCGCGUUCUGGGCUUGGUACCCGUUGCUGGUGGCGUGCCUGCCGAAUUGGUGGGAGAGGGUGGCGUUCGUGCUUCUCAGCUUUACCAUCUGCGGGAUCCAGCACGUCCAAUUCUGCCUGAACCACUUCUCGUCCGAUGUGUACGUCGGGCCACCCAAGGGCAACGACUGGUUCGAGAAGCAGACGGCAGGCACGCUCGACAUCCUGUGCCCUCCUUGGAUGGAUUGGUUCCAUGGCGGCCUGCAGUUCCAGAUUGAGCACCAUCUGUUCCCCCGCCUGCCUCGGUGCCACCUUCGGAAGGUUGCGCCGGCGGUGCGUGACCUUUGCAAGAAGCAUGGGCUGACCUAUUCCGCAGCCUCCUUCUGGGACGCAAAUGUGCUUACAUGGAAGACACUCAGGGCUGCCGCAUUGCAGGCCAGGAGCGCCACAGGCGGCGGCGGCGGCGCUCCGAAGAAUUUGGUCUGGGAGGCAUUGAACACCCAUGGAUGAUAAACGGGACGAGGAUAUGGCUGAGGGGAAGGCAACUUCUGGUGUUUCAGCUUUGUGCCGACGCGAUUGUCUGGUUGCUUCUAAUCUCAGUUGUUUAGAUUGUAUUGGUCAUUGAACCCGUCCGAGUCGGGCUGGAAUUUUUGUGUUGACAAGUGACCGUCUAUCCAGUUGAAGAGUUCAUGCUUCAAUUGUCUGGGUUGUUCGUCGGCUGUUCUAUUCUGUUCCUCCUAUAUCAUGGUAACGAUAUCGUGAUCCUUGCUCUAAGUCAUGGACCUCUGUUUUAUUAAGGUUAUGUCCAUUCGAUUUCUCGCUGGCAUUGCCAGGAUUGUGGAUGCUUUUUUAUGUUCAUGAUGUUGUAAGCUUAAUGAACGGCUGGUAAUGUUAUAUGUAGUACCACCACCCCCUGUAAUCUCAGUUGCUGUGGCAGCUUUGACUCUCUUUGGAAUACUAGUAUGUACUCCGUAUAUGACAAUGAUCAAUUCAUCCAUAUUCCUACAGCA